AUGGGCAAAAAGAAAACUCUCGGAAAAAGAAAACAAUUAAAACGUCUAAGAGAACAACUCCGUAUUUUGAACGAAGGAAAAAAAAAAAAACCAAACAUUUCAUUCAUUGAGCUUGAGAAUGUGACGAAUAAAACGGCGCCCACGGUAUUAGAGAAUGGACUGCACGAAGACGGAUCGGCACGCGGCGCGAGCGACUCGAGCGGCGCGCCGGCGGUGCCCACGUCGUUGUCGGCGGCGGCGGCUGACCAUUUGGAACAGGGAAAAGGGGACUCGUCGCUAUCUAUUGACAGUACGGACAAGUUUCCAGACGAAGAGCACACGUCAGAUAGAAAUCAUGCAGAAAUCAAUGAAGAAUCAGACGAAAGAAGAAUCAUAGACCUUAAAUAUUUUCUAAAAGAAUUAAAAACAAUUUCGAACCACUCAACAGCCUUCGGUUGCGGUAUAAAUAAUUUGGAGUUGAUAGGGGACAAAAGGUUAGGUUUGAUUUCAAAAUUAAAACUCAAAUGCAAUAUGUGUAAUGUUGAAUUUACUACACAUACGUCCAAACCUAGUCCAAGCGACAAUUUGAAUGUAAAUACUGCCGUAGUAACGAGUGCUGUUAUUACAGGUGUAGGAUAUACACAAUUGCAAGAAAUAUUUACAUCAAUAAAUGUUCCGUUUAUGACAGAAGUUUUUUUAUAA